UGCAGACACACAGUUCAGUUUGUCCUUGAACGGCUCGGAGCUUCUCACAGACUCCGGUCAGACUCUGUCGUCCUGCGGCAUCGUCUCCGGAGAUCUGGUCUGUGUCGUCCUGCCUGAAUCUGCAGCUGCCGCCGCCACCGACGCCGCCGCCACCGACGCCGCCGCCGGCUCCAUAAACUCCACCAGCUCCACCAACAGGUCGACCAGCAGCACGGAGAACCAAACGCAACAGCAGAACCAACAGACCGCUGCCAUGACAUCCAGCCAGCCGAGCAGCAGCAGCAGUCCUGCGGCAGCUCUAACAGACCCUGAGGAGACCAGCGACUCUGAGCCGUCGGCGCCCAGCUGGGAGCCGAUGCUGUGCAGCGAGGCAGAGGAGGGUCAGGCUCCUCUCUCUCUGGAGCUCCUCUACCACUCGGCCCAAACCAGCAGUCCCAGUGACGCCAUCAUGGUGGCCGGACACCUGCUGAUGCUCGAAACCGGCUUCGUUCCUCAG